AUGAAGACCUUCUCGCUCUCCAUGGCUCUGCUGGCCGCCGCCAGCAUGGUCACCGCCGAAAUCUCGGUCGGCCAGUGCGCGCGUAUGUGCAUUAGCAACAUGAACAACAAGGCCUCCGAACUGGGCUGCAAGUCUGGUGACCUGGAGUGCCUUUGCAAUGCCGACGACUACAAGUUCGGUAUCCGCGACUGCACCGCCCAGGCCUGCCCUGACGAUGACUCUAACGCUGUCGUCAACAUUGCUCUGAACGCCUGCCCCGACUCCAGCUCUGCUGGCUCCUCCGGCUCCUCCUCCGGAACCUCCACUGGCACUGCUUCCGACAGCACUGCUACCGGUACCAAGUCUGGCGGUGCCGGCGCCGGCGCGACUGGCACUGAUGCUUCUGGUACUGCUACUGGCACCGCUACCGGCACUGGUGCUACCGGCACUGGCGCUACUGGAACCGGUGCUACUGGAACCGGUGCUACCGGUACUGGAGCUACUGGCUCUGGCACCGCUACUGGCACCGCUACUGGCACCGCUACUGGCACGAACUCCGGCUCUGUCACCGGCUCUAGCACCGGCGCUUCUUCCACUGCCACCGGCAGCUCCCAGACUGUGUCCAACACCACUGGCACCAACGCCAGCGGUACUACUAUGACCACUGCCACCAGCACUAGCGGCUCCGGCGACGACAACAACGGCUCCGGCUCAGGCUCCAGCUCUACUGGUGGCUCCGACUCCGGCUCCGGCUCCGGCACUUCCACCGAGACUGCUCCCUCCAGCUCUUCGACCGACUCCGGCGCUGCUCGCAACGUCAUCAGCGGCGGUGCCCUUGGCGCUCUGGGCUUGGCUGCUCUCCUCGUCCUUUAA